AUGAGUCAAUUCCAAUUUGGCGCAGACUCGCGCUCUGGAUCCAGCGACGACUCUGAUGACGACAACAUCUCUACCCUUCCCUUUGCGACGCCGCUCCGCCGCUCCGAUUUUCUCGCUCCGGACUUCUCGCCUGCAAGCUAUCUCUCUACUUUGCAUAACCGUCACCAAACGCUCGAGGACCUACGCUCAGAAUUGCGCUCGCGAUCCCAGCUUCUGUCCAAGGAGCUUCUCGACCUCGUCAAUUCAAACUACCAGGACUUCCUCAACUUGGGAAACAGCUUGAAUGGCGGCGAGGAGAAAGUAGAAGAGGUGCGAGUGGGAUUGCUGGGGUUCCGAAAGGAGAUUGAUGGAUUGAUGGAUGUAGUGGGCAAGAGAGAGGAAGAGGUCCGCGAGCUAUUAGAACAGAAGCGCGACGUCAGGCGUAAAAUCGAAGUUGGCAGACGGCUCAUAGACUACGAUGCUAGGCUCAAGGAGUUGGAGGCUGAGCUCAUGAUUGAGACGUCAGGUCAAGAGCCUAUUAUAGUCGGAGAAGAGGUCUCGGACAGCGACGAGGAUGAGGACGAAGACGAAGAGGAGGGAAGCUACACUAUUUCCGUCGCAAAAUUAAGACGAAAUGUAGUACAGCACCAAUUACUGUUGGGAUUGGAAAAGGAACUAGACGAGCAUCCUUUUGUCGCGGCGCAGGCUGCAAGAAAAUCAAAAGUGCGGACGACCUUGUUGAUGGACUUGAGUACCGCACUACGGCAAGCGAAGAGCGCGGGAGCAGACGGAUCAGGGCGCGUCAUGAAGAUUAUGAAGAUUUACGCGGACAUGGAGGAAUCGGCAGAAGCUGUCAAAAUUCUCAAGACAUUAAAGUGA